GCUCUAUUCACUUAUAUCAUCCAUUACAGCUUGCAACGCAUUUCGAAGGCUUAGAAUUCUCGAAGUCUGAUCUCCGCACUUCCUAUUUAGAUGGCAACCUCAGCUGCAAUGCAAUCCAUGAUCUUGUCGAGCAAUUUGAGUACCCAUCUGACAAACAGGCCGAGGGUGAACCAGUUUCUUCCCAAUGCUAAUUAUGUGUUCCGUUUGCCGAGAAACACUAGCAUGAGGGUGCGCUGCACGUCUGAGAAUAACGAGGAGCAGCAGACGCCCGUGGUCAACUCACCACCACCUACACCACAGCCACCCAAGGUCAGUACGAGGUUCUCCGACGUGCUGGCAUUCAGUGGACCGGCACCGGAGAGGAUCAACGGCAGGCUAGCGAUGAUUGGCUUCGUCGCGGCGAUGGCGGUGGAAGUAUCAAGGGGGCAGGAUCUGUUCGCGCAGAUAUCAGACGGUGGGAUCCCAUGGUUUCUAGGAACCAGUAUUUUGCUGUCGCUUGCAUCUCUAAUUCCUCUGUUCAAAGGGGUGAGCGUGGAGUCGAAGUCGAAGGGGUUGAUGACCUCGGAUGCUGAGCUUUGGAAUGGGAGGUUCGCCAUGUUGGGUUUGGUUGCACUUGCCUUUACUGAAUUUGUCAAAGGUGGAACCAUUGUGUAGGGCAAUCUCCACCAUUAAUUAAUACAAGUGCAAUGAUCCCAUGUAAUUUUUUCUUUUCUUUUCCUAUUUUAUGGGAUCCCAUUUAACUCUAGAAAGCAAGUAAUAAUUUUUAUAUAAAUAUAGUUUAUUACUUGUACUAUGCGAUUUCAGUGCAAUAAAAUACAAGCGAAAAUGUUAGAUACCGCAA